AUGAAGUUUAUCAAAUUGUGCUUGGUUGAAAAAGAAAAGGGGAAUAGACCCUAUAGUCAUUUCAAUAAGCUUGGGUGGGCGAAUUUAGAGAAAGGCAGGCAGGAAGAAACAUGCAAAGUGGAGAAAAUAAAGGUUGAUAAAGACUUCGCCAAAUUUAGGGGCACAGAUUUGUCCAUAUAUAAGACGUAUUAUGCUCCUUUGUUUCGGGAUUCCGUUGCUGCUGGAGAUCAUUCUAUGACUCCGUUACGAUUUAUAAACGAUGAUGGAGGUGAAGAAAACUUGGAGGGAAAUGGAGAUAAUGAGGAAAUCAAUUUAAUUAAUGAUGAGCCUCUUUUUCCUACUUACCCUCAAACUAGUUCGAGUAAAAGGAAGAAGUCUAAGGAUAUUUCCAACAACCGUUCAACCAAUAGUAAAAGUUCAUAUCUUGAGGAAAAACUAGAAGUUUUAUUGGAUUCCCUAUCAACAAAAAGCACACAAACCUUUCCACCGACUACUCCCUCUCCAACCAACACUAUCAGAUUACAUGAACAUUGUGGUCACUUUUCUAGGUUUCAAUGAAGGUUCAACACAUUAUUCAUAAGCAUUACUUGCUCACGUCAAAAAGAAAAAUCGGGAAGCCUUUAUGUUGCUAAUGACUACCAACGCGAAGACGGAUUUCCUUAAGUUACUUAUGAAGAAUUGAUGUGUCACUUGAAUAAUUGAUGUAUUAUCUUUUAUGCGUUAUCGUUUGACAUUAUGUGUUAUCUUGAUCUCGUGUGACAAUAUGUGUUAUCGUUUGACAUUACGUGUUAUCCUUUUAUGUGCU